CCGAAGAGUGUUCGUUUAACUAACCGAACAAACAUCGACGACACAUACGGUAGCUUCUUACUACGAAAUAAUUACUGCUCAAUGACUUCUGCUGCGUGUUGCAUUCACGGUCUGGGGCUACAGCUUGGAUUUCAUAUAACGUUUGGAGCAUAAAAUAUAUAUUAUUUAUCGCCACACGUUAUUAUUGCUUUAAACCGACGGGGUUUCUUGACCUCAGAGAUACAGUCUGGGGCGAACUGGUUUCAAGGGUGGGGCAUUUAGCAGUGGUUUGUUGUUGUUCUUCCUGUGUCCUGACUGUGUCCUCUGUGACUAGAGGAGAAAUGCUGAAUCAAUAGCCCGGACCAUGACAGAUAUACACACACACACACACACACACACACACCAAUUUGAAAGUCAUAUCCGCUGGUUAUGACUUAACACCCCGGUACGGAGAGCCAAAAAACAGAGAUAGAUUCCCAGCUUUUGCUCGGACAGUGCUUCGCGCUUUGUUCGGAGCUUUGUCUGUGUACGGCUAGUAAGGCUUGACAAAAGGCAAUGCAUUGAUUGUGUGACAGAUGGGCUUUUGUGUGAAAUCUACGACCCACCACCAACAUGACCUCCAGCGUCACACGUAGAGUAGUGCGUACGGGUGGGAGUUGUCUGGUGAAACGCAUUGUUGUGUUGGGGGAUGAGCCGUCAGUGCUGCUGCUGCUGUUGCUGCUUUUUUGCUCCUGGUCGACUGUGGCUAGCGAGCGACUCCAGCCUAUGAAUGGUCCACAAAGCAAAUAACUGUGUGUUCUCUGUGGAACUUGAUAUCGAAACUUCACAGGCACCAAGCAGGCAUCUUUCUCUUUUUAUUAGUAGCUGAACAGACCCCAGUAUCGCCCGUUGGAUGAGAACAUUGUGUACGGAAUUAGAGCCACUUAGCAGGCCGUAUCGCCAUUGCUUUGUAAGGCAGCUGGCUAGCUACCGUCUUCUUCAACUAGCAAAACUGUUCGUGAAUCCGAGCAACACGGAGCGUCAAGAUGAAGAAGAAAGCUCGGCAGCACCGGGUUGCGGUGCCGCAGAGGCCGCCGUCUCCCAUCAAGCCUUCACCCAACAAGCAGAUCUUGACUUACGCCCAGGCUCAGCGCAUGGUGGAGUUCGAUAUCGACGGACGCGUCCAUCGGGUCAGCGUAUAUGACAAGCUGGACGUGAUCUCGGAUGAUGACCCCAUGGUGCAGGAGAUGAUGGAGUGCACCAGCAAUAAGGAGAAUGCUGAGAAACCCCAGCAGCAGGUCCUCCUGAGGUCAGUCAGACUAAAAAACAACCAGGAGAAGAGAAACGCAGCACUGGGCAUCACUGGUCACGGAGAGGGAGGUGGACAUCAAGCCGGCGUUAAUGCAGGACCAAAGCUUCCAGAGCCUAAAUUUCGUACAGUGGAAUAUAAUCUUCCAGCAGUUCCUAAGCGUGGAGCUGCCUUUUAUAAAUACACAGAGAAGACAGAGGAAGAGCUGGAUGAGGAAACAGAGUAUGACAUGGACGAGGAAGAUUAUUCCUGGCUGGAGUUGGUUAAUGAAAAACGGCGAAGCGAAGGGGUCAGUCAGGUGUCUCACAACGUCUUUGAGUUCCUUGUGGACCGCUUUGAGAAAGAGUUGUACCUGGAGAGUCUGGAUCAAGGCAGUGAAAAGCAAGCUCCUAUUGAUGAGGACGCCGUCUGCUGCAUCUGCAUGGAUGGAGAGUGUCACAACAGCAACGCUAUCCUUUUUUGUGACAUGUGCAACGUGGCUGUGCACCAGGAAUGUUACGGUGUGCCCUACAUUCCCGAGGGCCAGUGGCUCUGCAGACAUUGCCUCCAGUCAUCCACCCAGCCCGCAGACUGCAUACUUUGUCCGAACAAGGGCGGAGCAGUGAAAAAGACAGAUGAUGACCGCUGGGGCCACGUGGUGUGUGCCCUCUGGGUCCCUGAGGUCGGCUUCUCCAACACCACCUUCAUAGAACCUAUUGAUGGCAUCAGCCACAUUCCUCCAGCUCGCUGGAAGCUCACCUGCUACCUCUGCAAGGAGAAAGGCGUCGGGGCAUGCAUCCAGUGCCACAAAGCCAACUGUUACACCGCCUUCCACGUCAGCUGUGCCCAAAAGGCUGGCCUCUUUAUGAAGAUGGAGCCAAUCAAAGAGGUAACGGAAACAGGAGAGCCCACAUUCUCUGUAAAAAAGACAGCCUACUGUGGAGCUCACACACCUAAUGGGUGUGUAAGGAGGCCUCUUACAAUCUAUGAUGAUGCCAAACCCAAAAACGGACUAUGUAAGAAGGUGGACAAAGGGAGAGGUACAGGUAAAGGACAGUCAAAAGGGAAGCAGAAGAAGAAGAGUAAGAGUAAGAAGCCUGAGCCUGAGCCUGAACCUGAAAUUGAGGAGCCAACCCCUGCUACUGUGCCUACUUUUCCUGCUCACAGGUUACAAACUAUUAUGAACCAGGUGUCAGUCCAGAAGAAGAAAGCCUUUGUGGAGCUGGUCCUAAAUUACUGGACACUAAAGAGGCAAUCCAGGAAUGGGCUUCCCCUCAUCAGACGCCUUCAAACAAGCCUGCAGUCUCAGAAGAAUGCACAGCCGGUUUGUUCAUCUAGGCAGAAUGAGGAGGAGAGCAGGGCACUGAAGGACCAGUUAAAGGAAUGGCAUCGUCUCCGACACGACCUAGAGAGAGCCCGGCUGCUGCUGGAGCUAAUCCGCAAGAGGGAGAAGCUCAAGAGGGAAGAGAUUAAACAGCAGGAAACCCUCCUAGAGAUGCAGCUGACUCCCUUCAGUAUAUUGCUCAGAGCCCUCUUGGACCAGCUCCAGGCAAAAGACCAGGCCCGGAUCUUCACCCAGCCGGUUGAUGUCAGUGAGGUGCCAGACUACCUCGAUCACAUCAAGCACCCGAUGGACUUCUCCACCAUGCGGCAGCGCAUCGAUGCACAGGGCUACAACAACUUGGAUCAGUUUGAGAGCGACUUUACCCUCAUUAUUGAUAAUUGCAUGAAAUAUAACUCGAAGGACACCUAUUUCUACCGGGCAGCCAUUCGCCUACGUGACCAGGGUGGGGCCCUGCUUAGAAAGGCCCGGCGAGACGUGGAGAGAAUCGGCUUUGACACAGAGAGUGGCAUGCAUCUGCCCGAAGCUCCUGAAAUCAAAGCCACUCCAUCCUUUUCUUGGGAAGACGUGGACCGCCUGCUAGUGCCAGCCAAUCGUGAGCAUCUUUCUCAGGAAAAGCAGCUGCAGCAGCUACUGGAGAAGUUUGACCUGACCUGUGCCAUGAAGUCCAGCCCCUCCCGCAGCAAGCGCCUAAAGCUACUCAAAAAGACCAUCAACGAUGUGCGCAAUGAAAUGAGCUUAAAGAGAGUCCAUCCCUCCCACCACCACCACCACCACCAUCACCACCACCACCACUCUUCUUCCUCCACAACUCCCUCCACAUCAGCGUUGUCUUCAUCAUCUGCCUCCCACCCAGAGCAUAAAAAGAAAGAAGAGAGAUUGAAACCCAAUGGACAUUUUCCAGAUGACGAGGGAGACAAGUCUCUUCCUCCCAAACUGGAGCAUUCAGACUCCAUCCCUCCCCUCAUCCACUCAGACACAGACCCCGAGCCCCCCACCCUCAAACCAAUCGACGCCGCCCCGGACUGCGAAGACAAGACUCUCAGCAAGCGAGUCAAGUUUGACGGGGAAAUACCAGACCUGCUCUCCUCUACCCCCCACCUCAACGGUUACUCCCACGACAGCCUCCAGAACUCUUUGCUGGAUGGAGACGUGAGCGUGGUUGCCACGUCGACCCUUGCGGAGCCCACGGGCGCGGUCAACCGCCGCACCUCCGUGCUCUUCCGCAAGUCGAAGACGGCCAGCCCCCACAAGCCCCCGAGGAGCGGAGACGAGGGGGCCGAUGGAGUUGAAAUAAAAGAAGGCAUGGAGGAGGAAGAUGAAGAUGGCGCGCAGCUGGGCUCCAAAUCCUUCCUGUCGGUGGUCAUACCCAGGCUGGAGACGCUACUACACAGCAAGAAGAGGAAGCACAGUGGCAGUAGAGACGGCGAGGAGGAGAGGGAGGGAGGAGAGGGAGAGCAUGAAGAGGAGGGGGAGUCCCCUGUGAAACGACUUGACACUGGCCUGUCAAGCGGUUUUCUGGAGGUGGAAGAGGAGAAGGAGCUAGAAGACUCCAGUCGAGCCAGUAGACCUGUGGAGCCACGAAGACGCUGUGCCUCUGAGUCCUCCAUCUCCUCGUGUAGCAGCCUUCCAGGAAGCACCAGCACUAUUCUCAGUCUUCCAAAAUGUGGGAAGGGGAAACCCGCCUUGGUCCGGAGAAACACUGUGGACGAUAAGAGCGAAUUAAUCGCCUGCAUCGAAACCGGCAAUUUUGCAAAAGCUGCUCGAAUCGCUGCCGAGGUUGGCAACAGCAAUAUUUGGAUGCCUGCUAGUGCUGCAACAGUUGCAUUGGAACCCCUAAAGCUAGUUUGGGCCAAAUGUAGUGGAUACCCUUCCUACCCUGCCUUGAUCAUCGACCCCCACAUGCCACGUGUGGGCUGCCAGCACAACGGGGUGUCCAUCCCCAUGCCCCCCAUGGACGUGCUCCGCAUUGGAGAACAGAUGCAGUACAAAGCCGAAGAGAAACUCUACCUCGUCCUCUUCUUCGACAACAAGCGCAGCUGGCAGUGGCUUCCUAGAUCCAAGAUGGUUCCUCUGGGAAUGGACAAAACCAUAGACAAAAUCAAAAUGAUGGAAGGACGCACAUCCAGCAUUCGCAAGGCUGUCCAGAUCGCCUUCAGCCGCGCCAUGAACCACCUGAGCAUAGUGCAGGAUGAGCCAGUCAGCGACCUCAGUGACGUGGACUGAUGACGUUCGACUCUCUCCCCUCACAAACACACACACACACACACACACACACACACACAAACUUGUACCUCUCCUGUACCAAAAACCUUCCUCCAUCCUCCCCCCCCGCCACCUUCUCUCUGUCUCUGCAGGAGACUCAAAUGUUUACUGGGCACCUGCUGUAACAGGUGGUGUCUCUUCCUCAUCCAUUCCUACUCGCACACACUCCUACCAUGUGCCGAUGGGAUACGGCUGCUGCUGAAAUGAAUGUGUCUAUCUAUCCUCUCCACCUCCAGGCUUAUAACUGUGCUUAGAGACUGCUCUUUUUUUGUCUGCCCCGCCCCUUUCCCCUCACUCCACCAGUCGUUUUUAUUCAUCAUUUUAAGGCAAAAAAACAAAACAAACGUGUGUACAUUGUGGUAUUUUGGCCUUACCAAAUGUGUCAGGACUUUGCAGUAAGAACCUAAAAACCGACUCUUCCAUGUUCACUGCACCGUUUUUUUUAAAAACUCUGUUAUUUUGGCAGGUAGCCGAUCAUCAUUUCCGUUACAAGCUGUUAAAAAAAAGAAGCAUCUAGUAGCUGGUAAAUUUGCUAAAGCGGACAAAAACGUACAUUUCCUGCCUACAUGAAGGCUUUUCUGUUGUGUUGUAGCCAAAGGGUUCGUUUAUGUCAAGGUCACAUUUACAUAUUGGUCGUCUCCAUUUACAAAUAUUCUCCUUUGUAUUUAAACUGUAAAUAAUCUGUACAGUUGCCUGACACUAACUUAUUUUGUAGUUUUGACAUAAAUGAGUACUGUACAGGAGUUUUUCUUAGUAUUUAUACUUGAUGCAUUCUUGCCACUGAGGAGUGAGUGCUAUUUUGACAGUGCUGUAUGAUCUGGAAGAAUAAAAAGUGUGAAAGCCUUAGUAUUAAGGAGAUUAGGGCUAAAAUGUUGUGUUUCUGCAAAGUAUGAAAGUAUUCCCUUUUUCAUUUUUUUUUUUUAAGUUAUUGAAGUUUAUAAUCGUAAGCUUCCAUUUGGCAUUAAUCCUUUUUGUAUAAAAAAAAAAAUAGUUUUCGUAUAUUUUUGUUCAUAUAUAUUUAUAUGAUUUGGAUACACGGUAAUACAGUAUGUAAUGUCUCUGCAGUUCAUACAGGCAGUCUGAUGUUGUGGACACGGAACGUACAUUGUUCUCAAGAAACCAAAAAUGUUGCUACCCAGAAGUUUUUUGCUGAUUAAUUUUCUGUGUGAUGUGUGAAAUUGUUGCCAAAAAAAGUUAAAAAAAAGUAAAAGUGUAUUUUUAUGUGAUACAUUCGACUGUUACUUGGUUUCGCUGUAGUCGUAGGGAGAUGUGCCUGCGUUAACUUAUUGUAAAGUAUUUGCAUUACUUUAUAUUCAAGGAAAGACGUGCAAACUGAUUGUGGUAAAGUGGCACAUUUUGUGGUGGAUACUUGCCUUCUUUUUAAGUAACCUUUUCUAACUUUUUUUGUAGUCGUAGACUUCAAGACAUUUCAUUUUAUACUCCUACGCCUAUUUUUUCUGGGUAGCAUUGGGUAGUUUUGGUAUAUUUCAUUUUGUACUUAACUGUAGUAGUUUUUUUAAUCAGGUCAUACAAAGUAUUGCUGGGACUGUUUUUUGUAGCAAAUCAAAAAAUAAAAGAUACAAAUAUGAA